AUGAGUGCGCCGGCGCAAUCCAGCCCGGCCGAGCCCUCAGGCAUCAUGUCGGGGCUUAAGAACUACAUCACACACCCUUUUACGAGCAUGGAUUCGCUCAUACCAGAUGCGCACAAUGUCCUGGACUGUCUCAACCAGCACGAGGAUAGUGGAAAUCAAUUCAUCCUGAUCCUUAACCUGCCCAAGCCAACGCUCGUCCUGUUGGACGAGGACAAGAAUGCGCUGGAUGGCGUCGAAUUUCGGUUUAUGUUUGAAGGAACAACGGGAUUCAUAAAGAUUGUUCCAUCAUAUACACACAAUGCCAUUACCCGGCGUCUAGCCCUAGCAAUCACUUAUGGCACAGUCCGUGCAGGGGCUCCAGAUUGGGACUUCGAAUGGGCUCAGAGGACGACCUUUAGUCCCACAGUGGCUGGUAACAAGGGCAAGUGGUUCGAAAACUCCCGCGGCGCUGUUCGCUAUGUUCUUACAUUGAGCGUCCAGCGGGCUCAGUGGUGCAUUCUGUUAGAAAAAUGGCAAUUGAGUCCUCCAGGGCAGCAGGUGGAUGCUACGAUGGCGAGCGGCAUCCAGCAGAUGACCGUGCCGCCAAUGCCCCCACUGGGAUUCCAGCAGCCAGCGGCCCAGUGUCCUUUUGCUGCCCAAAGAGUAACCAUCACACCAAGUACUGCCUCUGGGAGUACUCCGCUCUAUCUCCAAUUCCAAGCGCUAUUCGACCGUGUGCCUACACCGGCCGAAAGCGAUGUACAAAUAGGCGUACAAAAUCUGGUGAAUGUUGCCAAGAACUUGUGA